CACUCCUUGCCUAUGUCUGUCGACAAUGACUCCGGCUCUGGCGAACCCAUCAGCUCCCCGCCCAUGGCGGCCUCCAUAAGGAAGAACACCAUCGACAGCAUGUCUCUCUCCCAGUCCGAACUCAGCCUUCCCCAGCGACGCUCCCACCCAUCAGCUGCCAGCCUCUAUGCCUCGACACUCACACCACCGGGCUCCCGGUCCAUGUCCCCCGUCGGCAGGGGCUCUCCGGCACGGCCGUUCUCGAGAGGGCGCGCAGGGUCGCUGCUAGUAACACAGUCCCUUGCCGAUACCGAUGCUGCUACGACGCCUGGCGACCCGCUGAACCUCGCGCUCAAGGCCUUUGUGCCACACGUCGCCAUAUAUGCCUCGCCAGAGACGGACGGCCUGGUCAGGGAGAAGGGUUUCGAGCAAGGGCUCUGGGAGCUGCUGCGGCCGUUCGGCGAGCGCGUGCCGGGAAAGGUGACGAUACGAGAUAGCAACGGGGCGAGUAGGUCAUGGGAGGACUUCUCGGUGCGGUUCACGCAGUUUGGGGACAAUAUCGAACCGCCAGAGGGGCUGCUUGAGGCGACAACCAACGGCCAGCCGUCAGAACAGACCAGCUCGGGGCGGAGGAUCCCGGACGUGGAGGCGGUGGUGAGUCGACACCUGAAAUACGCCGAGCAGUCCUUCUCCAACCUCAUACAGCCGAGUACACCCACGACACAUGGGCUGGACAUGGAUGUGACAUCACCAUACUACGCACUCUACCUCCGACGACUGCUUUCGGGCAUACCGAUGUCUGCGCACGAGUCCUGGUCACACCCCGUGGCGUGUGUGAUCGCUGCCAGCUCCCGCGAGCGGGCACCCAUCGAGACGUUCAGGAGGCUCUAUCACGAAUCGACGAACGGUGACAGGAGGUUGCCGCCUUGGAUCGACGCGGAGUAUCUGCGCUAUUACGUACUUGUCCACGACGAGGAGAACAGCGACAUCUCCAAGACCAUGGCGCUGUUCGACCAGAUGAAGAGACACCUCGGGCUGCACUGCCACCUGUUGCGGAUACGGAGCAGCCAGAGCGCCGAGACGGACGACGACAGCAUACCGCUGCCCAGGAGCGACUGGAUGACCGCCCAGGAGGAGCUCGCCGACAUAGAGAGGCACGAGGGCCAGGAGGAGUUUGAGGAUCCGACAAGGUACAUGUUCGAGUCAGAUGCGACAGCAAUACGGACUUUUAUCCGCGAGAUGGUGACACAGUCGAUAAUACCGACAAUGGAGCGCAACAUCUCUGUAUGGAACGACCAGGUCGCAUCCAAACGGAAGGGUUUCAGCGGGAGGUUCAUGAGUCUGUCCAAGAGGUUCACGACCUUUGGCGGCGCGUCGAGAAACUCGACAGGGAGCUCGUCUUCAAACAACUUCCACGCGGGAGGGUACUACACCGCCGAUGCGCCCGAGGCGAUCAUGCGCAAGCUGGCCGACUAUGCCUUUAUGCUGCGCGACUGGAAGCUCGCCAUGUCGACAUACGAGCUCAUCCGGUCUGACUUUGGCAACGACAAGGCCUGGAAGUACCACGCAGCCGCUAAUGAGAUGGCCGCGUUAUCGCUGCUUAUCAUGCCGCCAAAUAUGUCCUCCAAGACACGCCUCGACAAUAUCGUGUCCAUGCUGGAGCAGGCCUCCUACUCGUACCUCACCCGCUGCAGCUCCCCGUACGGGACCCUCCGGUGCAUGGCGCUCGGCCUCGAGCUUCUGCGCAUGCGUGGUGGGCCGGCAGUCGACGAGUCGGUCAAGUGGGGGGUGCGUAUCAUGGAGAGCCGCAUCGUGGGGCCCGUCGGCGACGCGCUUCUCAAGGAGCGCAUGGCAGUCUGCUGUGCGACGAAGCAGGGCGUGGGGUCCAUGACCUUUGGAAGCUGGCGGCGCAGGUCUGCGUUCUGGAGCGUCCUGGGCGCGCAGGCGUGGGUCGACCAGGCCAAGUACAUCCAGGCGCAGAGGUGUCUCAACGAGGCGAGGAAGAUGUACAGCUCGCUGCCGAGCGAGGUCGGCAUCGGUGCGUGGUCCCUGGCCAGCGAGUACAUGGCCAGGCUGCACCUGCAGCUCAAGGACGGCCUGGCGCAGGACGGCCUGCAGGAUAGCACUGCCCUCGCCGAGGACGGAGCCGAGGAGAUCGAAGUCUUGGAGCAGGCGGAGCCCGAGGCGCUCCACAGGGCCAACAAGCGCAUGUCUAGACGGAUGAGCCUGGUCAACCCGCCCGGGGGACCAGGCGGGAUUCUGGAGACCGCACCGCUCAAGCCAACAGUGGAUGGUCAGGGAGAUGAGAAGACCGCAGCUGUGGUUGAUGAUGGCUUCAGCUAG